UUUAACUGCGUUUCAUUGGAUGAAUCACGCAUGCAACCAACUCUGUAUUAACAACUACAUUUACUUCCUACUUUUACCAAUACAGCCGGCUACCACCCAUUUUCCAUGGGCAGGCAGAUAUCAUAUAGACAGAGCGUUUGCAAACCAUCUGACGAUUCUUGCCUGCAGGGACACGUUUACACUCACAUCUCAAGGUUUUCGCACUUAAACAAGUCCGUGACUGCGACCACUCAACUGCGGCAAUGGGAUUUCUACUUACAUUUAACCACUCUGUCCGUCGUGGAUAACUUCGGAUCAUCAUUCGGCACCAUUCGGAGUAAAUUCUAGAGACUGUCCCAGGAGAUCAGCAGUUACAGAAAUACUCAAACCAGCCCAUCUGGCACCAACAAUCAUCCAAGCGAUUAUCAAAUCAGCCAAUAGUCUGGCAGCAGUGCAGUGGAUCAAAUCAUGCAGCUACAGGGCUGGACUGGUAAUCUGGCAUACCGGGCAUUUUUCCAGUGAGCCGAUGCACUUUGGGGCCGAUCAGGGAUGGAAUGGCAAUCGGGAGAACCGAGCUGGCCGGUGGGUCGGCCGCGAAAUGUGCUGAAUGGGCCAAAAUAAUCUAAAAUGGUGAUAAAUAAGCUAAAAUGAGCCAUCGCGUUAUGCAGAACGGACUACAAAACGGAUAUGCAGAAAAGGACAGCGAACACCCCACUAAAGAUCUCCUGAUCAUCUAUGAGUCAGAGGCGGAGCAGUGGGCAUCAUACCUGCGCUUCCACCUGGUAGGCCCUAUUCCUGAAGCUGGCAUCUGUUGUUAUGAUAUUGCUAUGGUGACCAGUCGCCAGGAUGACUUCCUGCAGCUGGGGGGUUACAAGUGCAAGCUGCUUAUUCUGUCACGGGGCAUGCUGGAGGGGCUAUGCCAGCUUCAUAGGUUCUUCUUGGCUCGUGUGUUGCGACCGGAAACCCGUGUGGUGAUUCUCCUGUGUGGAGUGGAAAGUCUGGAUCCUCUGCUGGAACUGGUUCCUCUGAGGGGUGAGAAGUUUCUCCAGAUUUCCAGUGAGCAGGAGCCCCAGGAGUACUGCAUGGCAGUGGCAGAGAUUGUAAACAAAGGUGGACAAGCAGCAGCAGUGGAUGGGAAAUCAGUCCAGGAGUUAAAGGUGGAGAAGAAACUGUCUGGUGGUGCUUUUGCUUCGAUUCACUCUUUACUGGUCCUACCUAAGCGUGUGCCAUGUGAGAAUCCAGGGGAGAUAUUCAUUCUAUUGCAAGAGGUCAUGGCCAGCAAUGAUGCAGAGGUGGAGUUCAGUGGGAACAAGCAGAGAGUGAGAGUGAAGCCUGUGAACUGGAAUGAGAGCACACUGAGUGUAACUGCCCCUGACUUUGAUGCUGGAGAUGUGGGUGUGACACUCUACUGUAAAGGCGUAGUUAAAGGCAAGGCCAGCUUACAAUUCUACACCAUCAUGGGAGAUAUUGCCCACUUCCUUCAGCAGGCUGCAGAUCCAGUGAAGUGGAUGUGCCAGGCCUUUCAGGUGUCUUCUUUAGAGAAACUGGAUCAAACUCUGGCUUCUAGUCUGAUGCAUAAAAUGCCAACAGGAGGUUUCCAGGGCCUGCAGUGUGAUCAGUUUCCUGCUGGGGAGUCUCACUCAGAGGACAUCCCUACUCUCCUGCAUUUUGCAGCCCAGCAUGGAUUGCGAGAUCUGGCUAGUGCUCUUCUCCAGUGUCCUGGAGCCCUGCAGGCCUUAAAGAUCCCCAAUAGAUGUGGAUACACACCCAUAGAUCUUGCGCACAUACAUGGACACAUCCAGCUAUACAUCCUUUUAAAGGAGUCGGUGGAUGACAAUGAUGUCAACACUGACACGGGUAUAUAUGAGCUGAUGGGCAGAACAAAUAAUCUUCUGCUGGCAGAUCCCAUUGAGCAACACCAAAGAUACGAUGAACAUGAAGAUGUAGAUGAUGAGAAUGUCUAUUCUCCAGUGGGAAGAGACAAUGAAGAGUAUGACACCAUUCUCACAUCUAGCAAUGCUGACGUAAUAGCAAACCGCCCCCCUGCACCAACCCCUCGGCCUGAGAGUCUUCCCACCCCAGAUGACAAGACUCCCUUCAUUGCACAAGUAUUCCAGAAGAAAAUGUCACAAGGAGAUGCUGAAAUACUAUACUCCCUUCCCACAAGACAAGCGAGGGAGAGGGAAAGCAUCUCGUCCACUUAUGACACAUUCAUGCCCAGUCAGCCGCCUGGACUGGACGAGCUGAUCAAACUGCAGGAGCAGGUGAAGACAGGCUCUCUCAGUAUAGAUGAUGCUCUGGACAGAUUCAAUGACUGGCAGAGGCUUCAGAGAGGAAUGGACAGCAUACAACAGGAGAAAAUACAGCAGCUGAGGGCGAGUAUUGUCAACAACAGAGAGGACAAUGAAAGUGUCUAUGAUAAAAUCAGCAUCGUUCAUCACACACCAACUGCAUCUGAAAAUGAGUGCAGAAGAGCGAGCCAGCAGCUGGAGACCGAUUUCUACAGUAAACCUCUAAAAGGACAACAUUCACAUUUCUUUAAGAAGGCAGACAAACAGUGAAAACAUCCUGCUUGAGGACCACCGAAUUGAUAGAGCAAACAUCAAAGCAGACUUUUAAAGUAUGCUGAUAAAUCAGAGUAUGUUAAUGUCCAGUCAAUCAGUGCAUGUCAAAAGGUUUAAAGUAUAUGGGGUCCUCUAUUGAUGCUUUGUUCUUACUGUAUUUCUUUUUCUACUUAAAAUGAAUAGUUGAAUAUGAAAAUUCUGUAUUUAUUUUCUCACCCAUACGACUUACGUUCUUCCAUGGAACUCAAAAGGAAAAUGUUAUCCUCAGUCACCAUUCACUUUCAUAUGUUUUCAUUUACAUGAAAGUGAAUGCAGACUGAUGCUAACAUUCUGCAUUAUCUCUAAUUUGUGUUCUUGGAAGGAGUCUUACAGUUUUGGUUUGGAACAACAUGAAGGUGAGUAAAUGAUGACAGAAUUUUCAUUUUUGGGUGAACUAUGCUUUUAAUGCUUUAUUAAUAAAAAUGGCCACUGUACAUCUGGUAUUUUUCUUCAGCAGAUAUGAAAGACAAAAGAUAUGUACACAUUUCUCUAUAAUUGUGUUACAUUAAUUUAUCAUGAGUCGAAGUUCAAUAAAGAAAACA